GACCGAACAAUUGCAAAUUUAUCAGUGGCCCUGGGCGGACGGGCAUGAGCGAGAAGGACGCCGAGGUGAUGUCGAUGGAUGGCGACGACGUGGAAGAGGACCUCGACGAGAUGUUCGGCUCCGACAUGUCGUCGGGCUCGGACUCGGACGCGCCGCUGAAGCCGCCGCCGGCCAAGGCCGAGAAGCCCAAGGCGGCCAAGCUCCUGCCCGACUCGUCCGUGACAGCGACCGUGCCCGCGACCGACGACGAGGCCUCGGAAGACAACGAGCACGAGAUGGCACCGUGGGAGCAGAUCGACUUGAAGCCGGCCAUGGACCUGAUCCGGUCCCUCACCGACACGAGCCUCGAGGCCGCGCGGGACUUUACCGCAUCCAUGGUGGCCAACACGAACCAGCUCGUCGUCGGCUGCGACAGCGUGCUCCUGGAGAUCAAGCACAUCUCGGACAUUCGCGAGACAAUGAAGCGACAGGCCAAGGCGACGCCCGCGAGCACGGCGGCUACCGGCGUCGCGUGCGCAUGCGGUACCUCCAUGAUGCCGCUCGGCGUGUUUCCACAGAGCGUCGUGGCGCCCACCGCGCCGGCAGCGCCCGAGACGCCCGUGCUCGACAAGUCGACAGAAGAUCAAACCGACCGCGUCUUGUACAAGAUCGAAGCGGCAAUGGAGAAGUUCCGCGAGCUCGCCGAGAUGGUACAGACCAUGAGCGUGCAGCACGAGGCGUCGCUCAUGUCCAAGCUCGCGAUCCCGCAGACCGCCGUGCAAACCAUGGUCUCGAGUAUCCACUCGGCGGCCGCCGCCGCCACCGCCGCCGCGAUCGCGCAAGAACGGGGUGGUCUCUCCCGGGGCACGGGCCCGGGUUACUCGUUCUCGAGCGAGCAGCGCACAAAACUGCAGAUCUGGUACUACUCGUACCCGCGGCCGCUGGCCGACGAGCUCGAGCUCAUGGCGCAGAUCUUGUCGCUGCCACCGUACCACAGCCUCGCGCGUGCCCCGGUGCACCCGACCCACGUCCGGGAUUGGUUCAAGCGCCGGCGAUUCCGCGAGCGCAUGCGCCACGUCAUGGAAGUGCUCGAGGCCGGAACGCUGUCGCUGACGAGCGCCGAGGCUGAGGUGCACGCCAAGAUUGAGCUGCGCAUCCAGACACUGCGCGAAGCCGUCAAGCCCGAAGAGCUCAUGCGGGAAGCGGCGCGGGCCAACAGCGCGACGUACGUGGCGGUUGCGUCGUCCUUUGGGAAGAAGCGCAACUUGGAUCAGUUCCUCUCAAUGGCGCAGCAGCUCGGCCAGCCCACGCUCGUGCUCGAGGCGCCCGUUGCGGCAGUCGUCAAGAAGCCGCGCGCCGGCAUUCUGGGCGACCCGAUGGAGGUCGAGGACGCCGUUGUCGUCAAAGUCGCGAGUCGCGUUGAGGUCCAAGCGAUCCAGAACCGCCUCCAAGCGCUGCUGCAGCUGCCCAAGACGACCUCCAACACAAGCGGCAUCCAGCAGGUCAUGGACCUUCUCCGGUCGAUGGAGAUUACGAACGAGGUUCGCAUCUCGACCAACCUUGUGGCCGACCUCAAGACCGUGCUCAAGAUCUACAAGAAGCCGUCGCUGCUCCGGCGGACGACCGAAGCGCUCAUGGAGGCCCUCGGGCAGCCCGUCGACGUCAAGAAGAAGAAGCGAUAUGCAGCAGGCGCCGACGUUCUGGGGCACGCGCCCGCCUCGGUCGACGAGUACGAUGACGCGCCGGCCGAAGCACAUGGCCACGACGACGCAGACAGCGAGGACGACCAACCGAUUCUCAAGCAAGCCAAGAGUGCGAGCAGUAGCACCAGUCGUCGGAAGAAGACAGGUGCCAAGCUCCACCGCCCGAUGAAGUUUUCCAUGAAGCAAGUCGAGGCGCUCGAAGCGUGGUUCCAAAAGACCUUCAAGCCGUCCGUGCCCGAGAUGGAAGAGUACCUCGGUCGACUCAAUGGGGCGCCGCUUCGAGACCCGCUCCAGACCGUCGACGUGAGCAUGACGCAGCUGCGUCGAUGGUUCAACAAGCGGCGGUGCCUCCGCCGACCACCGUUCGCGCUCAUGACCAAGGGCGAUGAGAAGGACGCGACGAGCAGCCAGAGCCACGACGAAGAAGACGAGGAAGACGACAUGGACGACAUGGACGACGAGGACAUGGCGAGCGAAGAGGAAGCGCGCGCACCGCUGCCACCGCCGUCGCCGUCACCACCGCCGCCGCCGCCGAUGCCACCGACGUCGAUUCCUCUGCCUCGCGAAGGCUCCGACUCGAGCUCGGAUAGCAACGAUACCAACGACAGCGAUGACGACUCGAGCGACUCGUGAGCGCCGUCUGUACAUACGAGCUUGGCCAAGGGCAAUAACAUAUUAAAGAGUUUCUACAAG